AUGAACACCUGGCAGGUUAAGCGGCUAAUCUUACUAAUCACUUUUGGUGCUGGGUCUAGCCUGAUUUCUAAUGGCGCAGCGACAGACGCUGCUCUCUUUGAUGCCGAGAAUGGGGGUGUUUGGGCGAUUUCGCCUGGCUAUAUGGUCCACCAAGGCGAACUCCAUGAUCUUAUAGAUCUCUUUAGGAACCCUGGCUCUGCUUCAAAACAAGGCAUCGUUGUGGAUGGCAAAAACUACAUGUGCAUUCAAGCCGAUGACAAGUUUAUAUAUGGGAGAAUGAACAUGACAGGGAUUGUUUGUGCUAAAACAGAUAAGUUGAUCAUCCUAGCUUACUAUGAUGAGAACAAAAUGCCCGGAGAAACUGCUCUUGCGGUUGAGAAAACAGCCGACAAGUUCAGAGAGCUAGGAUACUAG